AUGCUGAGACAGGCCGGGUCGGAUGGAUUCCGCUUUCUGCGCCCAUCGCUGACCACGAUGCGGAUGUUGGGAGCGACAAGGAGCUACGCUGAGAGGGUGAAGGUGGAUUAUCACUAUGGACACGAAAAAUUCGGGAAGGACCAAGCUGAGCCAGCAUCCGAAGAUACGACGAAGCCCAAGGUCAAGGGCGCCAAGUUGUCCGGUGUACAGGGUGGCAGCAAGACGCGCAGAUGGUACAAGCAAGUGAGCGUUGGAGAGCGAGAGGGCGGCUGGGCGCCGCUACUAGAUGGCCGGGUGAUUUUGACCCCAAUGGAGCACCCACUUGUACAUAACGCGCUUAUGAUCGCGGCCGAGUGGGAGAUGCAGCAGCCGUACAUCAAGCCCGACACCAUGCCCAUUACACGCCUGGCCACCACAAUCAUGGACCGCCUUGUCGAAGGCAAGCCCGAGAUCAGACACGCCCUCACUCUCGAGAUGCUUGACUACAUCGAAACCGACACGAUCUGGUGUGUACAGCGUUUCGACCCCUCGGCUCCGCGACACUGA